AUGGAAAGGAGGUCGAUACAGACGAUUGGGCUGGUGACAGGCAUAGUGGGCUGGGUGGCCACUAUAAUCAUCUGUGCCUUGCCCAUGUGGAGGGUGACAAACUGCCUCGGCUCCAACAACGCAGGGUCCCAGUCGUACUCGGACGGGCUGUGGGUGACCUGCGCCAACGAUGGCACGGGGCAGUCGCAGUGCAGGUAUUACAGCUCCCAGCUGGACAUCACCCCCGACUUGCUAAUUGCCCGUACCCUGGUGGUCUUCUCCCUCGUCACAAGCUUCAUCAGCUUCAUCAUCACUCUCAUGCGUGAUAACUUCUCCGGCUGCAUGGGCAGAGGCAGCGGCUACAAGGGCGAGUUCGUCAUCGCGUCAGGCUCCAUGUUAAUCACGUCCUCCGCCAUGGUCCUCACCGCCGUCUCCUGGACUGCCAGCAACAUCAUCAACAACUCCUACACCCCCACGGGGCUCGAGGCUGUCAGUAGAGAGCUGGGGGCUGCCAUCUACAUUGGCUUCAUCGCCUUUGCCCUCUUGUUCUUCGGUGGGUUUAUCCUGUGCCGCUUUAGAAGCCAAUACCCGCAGGAUUCCUACGCUAAGAAUUACAAAGGGGUGAAGACCUGCGAUUCAACAGACUACCCCAUGAAGGACUACGUGUGA